AUGGCCGACUAUAGAACCACCCGGGUCUAUCGAGAGCGCCGCGACAGUGAGUCUGACGACGAGCGAUUCAAGGCCACCACCGUAACCCGUUACAAAGUCAAGGAGCCGCGCGUCGAGCGAUACGACCGCACCGAGAAGUUUAUCGAGAUGGACGACGAGCGGCGCUCGCGCUACUCGGGCCCUGCCAACGACUAUGUCGACUAUGAGCGCCGGGACCGCGCCUACGUCCCGGACCGGCCUCGCUCGGCCCUCGACGUCGAGCAGGACCGCUCCCGCACCGUCUUCUACGAGCGCGAUGUCGAGCGCCGCGACGACCGCGACUGGGAGCGGCGCCCUCGCCACCACGAGGACGACCUCCGCGUCGAGAAGAGGGUCGAGGAGCGCUUCGACGACGCCCACGGCCACGAGGUCGAGCGCUACCGCAAGGAGACGGAGUACUACCACGAGCCCGAGCGCGGCUCUGCCCCCGUCGUCGUGCGCCAGCGCGCCCCGGACCAGAAGAUCAUCGUCCAGGAGGCGCCGCCCCAGCAGAUUGUCAUCCCCCGCCAGGAGCCCAACAUCAUCGUCCUGAGGGAGCGUGAGGGCGACCGGGACGUGGCCCGCGUCCCCUACGACGAGGAGUACUACUACCGCCAUGAGCGGCGCGAGAUCGGCGCCCACAAGGGCGACCGCCGCAUCGCCCGCCGCCGCGGCGACGACUACCACAGCGACGACGACGACUACUACUACUCUCGUCGCACCGUCCGCCGCGACCGCAGCCAGAGCUCGGAUCACCACAAGCGCCACAUCGCCGAGGGCGCCCUUGCCGGCGCCGGCAUCACCGCGCUGCUCUCGAGCCGCCCCAACGAGUACGGGGAGAUUCCCGAGCACCGCGGCAAAAAGGUCCUCGCCGGCGCCGCCCUGGGCGCCAUCGGCACCGAGGCCAUCCGGCGCGCACACAGCGCCUACGAGGACCGCUGGGGCGACGGCGAGGAGUCCCCCGACCGCCACUCCGCCCUCAAGAAGGGCCUGGGCAUCGCCGCCGUCGCUCUCGCCGCUGCCGGCGCCGUCAAGUAUCACCAGGCCAGCAAGGCCGAGAAGGAGGAGAGGCGCCGUGGCCGGAGCCGGGGCCGAGAGUACUACUCCUCCGACGAAGACUACUCGCGCUCGCGCUCGCGAUCGCGCCGACCCAGCCGCAAGCGCAGCCUCUCGACCUUGGCCAAGGCGGCCAUCGGCACGGCCGCGACCGCCGGCCUCGUCAAGCACUUCCGCGACAAGUCCAAGUCGCGGUCCAAGUCACGGACCAGGAGCCGGUCUCGCAGCAAGUCGGUGCUUCGACGCGGCGCCGAGAUUGCUGCCGGCGCCGCCGCCGCUGGCAUAGCCGGCAAGGUGUGGAAGGACCACCACGACAAGAAGAAGGAGAGAGAGGCGGGAUACAGCGACGAUGAUCGCGACUAUGAUAGGCGUAGCUCCGUCAGCAGGAGCAGGAGUAGGAGCAGGUCGAGAGCCCGAUCCCCUUAUUCCGAGGCCGCGGCUGAUCCUGGGCUAGGCUUGAUUGAGUACGGGCAUGACCCCCUACCACCACCCGAUCCGCGCUCUCCCACCGGCCAAGGCUACGAGUCCGAGGCCGAGGAGAGGCGGCGAAACCGACAGAGAAGACGGAGAGACCCAUCAUCAUCCUCGGAGUCCGAUGACGACGGAAGGAAGCGGAGCAGGAGCAGGUUGCGAGACUUGGCUGCCGCGGGCGCUGCGGCAGCGGGAAUUAAGGAGUAUAAAGACCGCAAGGACAGAGAGAGGAGGGAGGAGGAGAGGCGGGAGGAGCGACGAGACGAACGGAGGGAAGAGAAGAGAGAGGAGCGGAGGGACGAGAGAAGGGAGAAGCGGCGGUCGGAGGAGGAGAGGCGCUCAGGGGAGCGCGAUGAGCAAGGACGACGCUAUGGCGAGGUUCCUCCCCCCAACAACGGUGGCUUCUUUGACCAAGGCAGACCACACUCGCCCCCUACUGCCUCUGGCGGUGCCUACUACCCCCCUUACCCCAUGACGCCGGGCUCGACCACGCCCGCAAACGGACCUCCUCCUCCAGCCGGUGGACCCCCACCAGCCAGUAUGCCCCCUCCCGUCGGCGCUCCGCCGCGGGAGCACACCUACACGCCGUAUACUGACCCUAGCGUGCCGCCGCCCCGUGAGUACCAACCCUACGUACCACAAGAUUAUCACGGGUAUGCGCCUCCGCCGCCCCCUGCUGGUCCUCCGCCGCCGCCGGGACCGCCGCCGGUCAACAACUCGGGAGUGCCCGGCUAUGCACCUCCGCCGGCUGGUCCACCGCCUUCGGGCCUGGUCCCUCCGCCGGGGCCUCCACCUCCCGGGCCAGCGGUGGACGGCAGCUUCCCGCAUGAUCAAAUGAUGAUGACAAUGGUGGGCAACCUGAGGCAACUGCCGCCGCCGAGGAUCGAGAUUCCGCCUCCGGGGUUUCCCGUUCGCACUAGGAGAAAGUCUGUGUCGUUUGGACCGCUUUCUCCGACGAGCGAGAAGACGAUGAUACGGCACAAGAAGGAGCACGACGCCAAGCAGUCCGAGUCGGAAGCUUCCGGGUCCGAGGACGAGUGGAGCGACAGGUAUCGCGAGAACCAGUUCAAGCGGUCGAGCGGCCAUCGUCGGCAGUCAUCCGACACGACGCAUGAUCGCUCGCCGAAUCGCGAUGGAGAGGGCAGGCGGCGCAGGCACAGGCACUAUGAUUCGGAUGACGACGUGGAGGUUCUGCCGGACAGGUUUGAUUCGCACGGGAGGCCGUUGGAUGGGGGCAGCCGGCAGGGGAGGAGCAGCCGCUUCGUGACGAGGAGCGGGGAGUUUCAUCGUCCGGCGCAGCGGCCGGGGGACAUGGAGGUCCAUGGCGGGUGGCAGCUCGGGGGGACGGACCCGGAGCAGAUUGAGAGGCUGGUGAGGACGGUGACGGGGGUGCUGGAGGGGCGGAAGAGCUGGGUGAGCGUGAUUGGGGAGGUGCUCGGUGGUGACAUGCUGCCGGGGUUGGCGGGCCCGUUGGCCGGGCCGUUGGCGGGGGUGAUGCAGGCUGUUGAUGGUGGGAGGAAGAGGGAUGAGGAUGAUGAUGGGGGAAGGGAGAGGAGGCGGAGGAGGAGGUGA